UACCCAUAGCCCAGCUGCCGUUGACCCAUCGCCAGCAUGCAAACGCAGCCCUCCUUCCUUACCUUUGUUUACUUGUCUUUGUGUAACAAGUUUCUUACAGUGAACUCCUUCCCACAUAACACGCAAAUGAAACUAUAAAUAUAUAGAUAUAUACCAGAAGCAGCAAGAGUUGUGUAUAACUAGCUAGCCAGGCGCGCUCAUAACUCGCACAUACACCGUUGCAUUAACAUUAAUCCCUUACCAUUCUCCGCUUGUGGACAAGAGUGGAGAUCGAUGGAGAUGGGAGAGCCACUAGUGAUGGAUCGUGAGCGGUUAACGGCAGAUUUGGAGUUCGCUGAUGACUCCUCGUCGAUUGUGAUCAAGAUUCGCAGGCGGUUACCUGACUUUCUUCAGUCAGUUAAGCUUAAGUAUGUCAAGCUUGGUCUCAGCUCCAUUACCAUCUCGGCUACCUAUCUUGUAGCACCGUUCCUUUUCCUUUCCGCUGUCUCAGCACUUCGGCUUGACUUGGAGAGUGCCCUCGCGGCGGCCACAGUCGUUGUUGUUCUCACAACCAUUUACUUGCUCAAACGCCCGCGCCCUGUUUAUCUUAUUGAUUUCGCUUGUUAUAAGCCUGAAGAUGAGCUGAAGAUUUCUAAAGACGGGUUCUUGGAUAUGACCGAGAAGACUGGUGCGUUCUCAGAGGAGACGCUCGAGUUCCAGACCAAGAUCACUAAGAGGUCAGGUCUGGGGGAUGAGACUUACCUCCCGCCAGGAAUACAAGCUCGGCCGCCUAGGCUGAGCAUGGCCGAAGCCAGAAUGGAAGCCGAGGCUGUCAUGUUCGGCUGUCUCGACGCGCUCUUCAAACGAACAGGCAUUAACCCGAGCCGCGACGUUGGCAUCCUCAUCGUGAACUGCAGCCUCUUUAACCCAACACCAUCUCUCUCGGCCAUGAUCGUCAACCGCUACAAAAUGCGGUCUGAUAUUAAGAGCUUCAACCUCGGUGGCAUGGGCUGCAGCGCUGGCCUCAUCUCCAUCGACCUCGCAAAAGAUUUACUCCAAGCUAACCGCAACUCGUACGCUCUGGUACUCAGCAUGGAGAACAUCACCCUCAACUGGUACUUCGGCAACGACCGUUCCAUGCUUUUAUCCAACUGCAUCUUCCGAAUGGGCGGUGGAGCGGUGCUGCUCUCCAACAGGGCCGCUGACUCCGGCCGAGCCAAGUACCGGUUGAUGCACACCGUGCGAACACACAAGGGAGCGGAUGACGGUUGCUACCAAUGCGUGUACCAAAAAGAGGACGCACAGGGGAACAUCGGUGUGUCGUUAGCGCGGGAGCUGAUGGCCGUGGCGGGCGACGCGCUGAAAACCAACAUCACCACGCUGGGGCCAUUAGUACUCCCUUUGAGCGAGCAAAUGAAGUUCCUUGCUACGUUGGUGGCUCGGCGGGUGCUGCGGAUGAGGAGGGUGCGGCCGUACAUUCCGGACUUCAAGAAGGCUUUCGAGCAUUUCUGCGUGCAUGCUGGUGGGAGGGCAGUGCUGGACGAGGUGCAGAAGAACUUGGGCCUUCACGACAGAGACAUGGAGCCCGGACGGAGCGCGCUGCACCGGUUCGGCAACACGAGCAGUAGCACGCUCUGGUACGAGCUCGCUUACGCUGAGGCCAAAGGGCGGGUGCGCAGCGGUGACCGAGUCUGGCAAAUCGGGUUCGGAUCUGGGUUCAAGUGCAACAGCGCCGUUUGGCGCGCGAUGAGGGACGUUCCGGCUGUUGGUCAGACCGAUUCGUGCAACCCUUGGGCUGACUGCAUCCAUCUCUACCCUGCAAAGUGAUUCGCGGCGGCAUAAUUAUUGGUUGGAAUUGUCAAAAGGUUAUUUUUAACCAAAA